AUGUCGACUCAGCCUCUCUUGCAGCGUACGGCAGGCAAGCGUAUUGCGCUCCCUGUGCGUGUCGAACCUAAGGUGUUCUUCGCCAACGAGCGUACCUUCCUCUCGUGGCUCAGCUUUACUGUGACUCUCUCGGCCCUGGCUGCGGGUCUGCUUAACUUUGGUGACCGUGUAGGUCGUGUGAGUGCUGCCCUGUUCAGCUUGGUCGCCGUCGCGAUCAUGCUCUAUGCCCUUGUGACCUACCACUGGCGUGCGCAGGCGAUCCGCAACCGCGGUAGCGGUCCCUACGAUGACCGUCUGGGUCCUACGGUCCUUUCUGUGCUUCUGCUCACGGCCAUCAUUGUAAACUUUGUCCUCCGCUUCAAUGAGUAG